CUGCGUUCAGAGUGUACGCUGCGCCAAAAAUAUUGUUCGGAAUGUGGUCAACAAGGACACAUUUUUAAGGUCUGUCCCAAGAAGAAAAGUUUCAAAAUUAACUCUAUACAGAAAGAGGAACCCGAGGAUGCAUCAGAAAACAAAAAAAUAGAUGAGUACCAAAUGUACUAUGUAAAUAAGCCAGAGCUGCAAUAAAGGAAAGGUUCGCAGAAGUAUUUAGUGAAGGAUGGGGAAAUUUUAAAGGUGAAACCAUCAGCCUCAAAUUGAAAAAGGAUGCCAAACCAAAAAGCCUGCCGGUACGCCGAGUUCCAUUUGCACUUCAAGACAAGGUAAAAGCUGAAAUUUCUAGACUUAUUAAAAAUGGUAGAAUUGAACCCGUGGAAACCAGCCAGUGGGGUACACCUGUGGUUCCAAUUUUAAAGGGAGAUGGCUCGGUAAGGUUAUGUGGAGACUACAAAUUAACAGUCAACCCACACUUAGAGGUGGAUCACUUUCCAUUGCCUCAUGUAGAAGAAAUAUUUAAUUCCCUUAAUAAUGGAAAAUACUUCUGCGAGCUGGACCUGAAAGAGGCAUAUCAUCAGGCACCAUUAGACGAAGCCUCAAAAGAUUGUACAGUUAUUGUUACUGAAGUGGGCACAUACAGGUAUAAUUACCUUCCUUAUGGUGUGAGCACAGGACCAGGCUCAUUUCAGCGGCUCAUGAGUAAAAAAUUAUCAGAUAUUCCAAAUACUGCUGUAUUUAUAGAUAAUAUUUAUAUUAGUGGUAAAGAUCUUCAGGAUACAGUAGACACUUUAUCCAAGGUUUUAGAGAGGCUACAACAAAGUGAAUUUAAGUUAAAGAUACAAAAGUGUAAAUUUUUUGAAAAUAGCAUUGAUGUGUUUGGUUUUACAAUUGACAGUAAUGGUAUACGGGUAAAUAAAGAUAAUAUAAAACCAUUGCUGCAGGCUACACCACCCAUAAAUGUAACAAUGUUGAGGUCAUUUUUAGGCAAAGUUAACUAUUAUUCUCGUUUCUUAAAAGAUAUGGCAAGCAUAUUGACACCAUUAUAUGAAUGUACCAAAGAAAAUAAAUUCAACUGGACGCACCAAUGUGAUAAUGCCUUUGUUAUGAUAAAAAAUAAGCUGGCUAACAUGGAAAAUCUAACUCAUUACGACCCAAACUUACCUUUAAUUUUAAGUUGUGACGCAUCAGACACAGGCUUGGCUGCAGUAAUUUCAAACAGAGACAGGAACGGAGUAGUUAAACCAAUUGCUUAUGCAAGUAGAAAACUUAAUGAGACAGAGAUUAAAUAUUCUACUAUAGACAAGGAAGCUAUGGCCGUAGUGUUUGGUGUGACAAAAUUCUAUAAUUAUACAUAUGGUAGGAGUUUUGAGUUGGAAACUGAUAGUGCAGCUUUAGUACGCAUUUUUGGCCCAACUAAAGCCAUUCCUAAAAUGGCAGCAAAAAGGUUGCAACAUUAUGCAAUUUUUUUGUCAGCAUUCAACUACAAAAUUCGACACAUUAAAACUGAUAAGAAUCCAGCAGAUUUUUUAUCACGCACCCCUAUGCUAAUCAAUGAAAAUACAGAUUCUAUGCAUCCUAUCUGUACCGAUGCAGAGAUAAGUAAUAUUUAUUAUAUUCAAAAUUGUGAAAUUGAGAAUUUGGACUGGAAAUCUAUACAAGAGGCAACCAGAAAAGAUGUAACAUUAGCCAAAAUCAUUAGAUAUACCAUGGACGGAUGGCCUGACUUAGUGACGGAGAAAGAAUUGUCAACCUAUGGUAAUAAGAAAACUGAAAUAAGUUUUGACAGAGGUUGCCUUUUCUGGGGUUAUAGAAUCAUCAUACCAGAGUCAUUAAGACAGGCAAUCUUAUUAGAACUACAUAAAAGUCAUUUCGGUACUGUACGUAUGAAGCAGCUGGCACGCUCUUACUUCUGGUGGCCAGGCAUAGAUGCAGAAAUAGAAAAAAUCACAAAUGAUUGCCUUACUUGCCUUUCAGUUCGAAAUAAUCCCACUAAGGGGCACCAGAAAUCGUGGCCAGUGGCCCCGUCUGUAUGGUACCGCAUUCAUGCGGAUUAUUGUGGACCAUUUUACAAUAAAAUGUACUUAGUAGUGGUUGACAGUUACAGUAAGUGGCCAGAAGUUAUAGAAAUGAACUCGAUAACCUCAUCUCGUACAAUCGAGGUUUUCAAUAGUCUUUUUGCACGUCAUGGCUACCCUGUCCACUUGGUAACUGACAACGGACCGUCCUUUACAUCUUCUGAAUUUAAAGAUUUCUGUAAGCUGAAAGACAUUAAACAUACCUUUACUCCCCCAUACCACCCUGCGACCAAUGGAGCAGCAGAAAGAUUUGUGGAUAUAUUCAAAAAACAUGUGUUAAAAAUUAAAGAAAGCAGAGGAAAUACAAUUCAAUCAGCAAUUAAUUUAUUCCUUUUUGAUUACCGAGUAACGCCACAUAGUACAACAGGAGUGACGCCUGCUUCGCUCAUAUACAAUAGAGAUCUCCGGUCCCGGUUCGCUCUGCUACGACCGCCGCCGGUUAUAGAAAGAGCACAACAUAUGCUAGAAAAGCAGAGGGAACAGGCAUCGGGGAGUAGAAACAUAGAAUUUAUGGUGGGAGAAAAGGUAAUGGUUAAGGAUUAUAGGAAAAACAGACAACCUUGGAUACAAGGAGUAAUAGUGGAGGAAUCGAUUCCUAACACUACGUAUAUCAUAGACGUGGAGGGGUGUAAAUGGAAGCGACAUGUUAAUCAAAUGUUGAAUUGUAGCCUUAGUUUAUUAGAAUAA